CCUGCAUUGAUAUUUAGUUGAUAUUCUUCUUCUUCUUGUACUCUCAAUUAGCUAGGUUAUUAAUUCUUGCUGAUCGAUAGAUCAAUCUUCAAUCAGCUAGCUAGUUUGGUGCAUGAUUAAUAGUUAAGAAGCUAGCAUGGGAAGAUCCCCUUGUUGUGACGAGGUUGGGUUGAAGAAGGGGCCGUGGACGCCAGAGGAGGACAAGAAGCUGGUGGAGCACAUACAGCAGCACGGCCACGGGAGCUGGCGGAGCCUCCCCAAAAAAGCCGGCUUGAACCGGUGCGGUAAGAGCUGCCGCCUCCGAUGGACUAACUACCUCCGCCCUGAUAUCAAGCGAGGCCAUUUCUCCACUGACGAAGAAAAGAUGAUCAUCCAACUCCAUUCUGUCCUCGGGAACAAGUGGUCUAUGAUCUCGAAGGGUUUACCGGGAAGGACAGACAACGAGAUCAAGAACUAUUGGAAUACACACCUCAAGAAGAAGCUACUACUCAUGGGUAUUGAUCCAGUGACUCACCGACAGCGAACCGACCUCGAUUUUAUUCUCAACCAUCUUACAAAUAUCGAUCAUCUCUUCGCCAACAACCUAAUUGGGAACCUAGCUACCAUUAAUAAUAUUCCUUGCAACAAUAAUAAUACUCUCAGACUUCUUCAAGCAGAUGCUUUGCAUUUGGUCAGGCUUCAACUCCUCCAAUCGCUUAUCCAAGCCAUGGCUACAACUACUACAACCAUGAUGUCGACCACGACGACGACGACACAUUGUAGUGGUGACAAUCCCAGGAGUUAUAAUUCAUCAGACAUUAUUGAUCAACUUGAUAUAUCCCAAGCAAAACUCUCUCUGCCUUUGUCUCUGGAUCAAGAUUAUUUUAGCCCUAUAACUCCUCCUCCUCCUCUCUCAGAUUCUAAUUUCCCUAAUUUUCCUAAUUGCAUUAAUGAUCAAGAACCAAAUAUUGUGAGUACUCUUGCAAGAGCUGACCAUGAUGAUUCAACUGGAGGAAUAAAUCUUGGAGAAUAUGCUGAUGAUGAUCAUGAUCAGAACAUGUUGAGUUGGCAGGAUAUUUUAGAGCAAAUUUCAUGGUCAGAAUGAAUGAAUUAUUAAAGACGUACAAAAAGGUGCAAUUAUAUACGACAAGUGUCAAUUUGUGGGGCACUGCAUGUGUUUCAUGUCAGCUGAUGAAUUUGUUGAUUUGAUUCUAAUCAUCUGAAUCUAUUUAAUUAUUUAAAAAUAAUUUGAAUUAAUGUAUUAAUUAUACUGAGACAGACAUGCAGUUUUCCUUAGCUAGCUUUUUGAUGUACAAAUUCCUUAAUGAAACACACAAUUACACUUUGUAUCGAACAUUAUUAUUAUUAUUAUUCUGUACGUGUGCAAAAGGCUAUAAUUAAAUUGCUUGUAAUUUUUUGUAAGAAUAUUGUUUAAUGUGUAUUAAAUAAGAUUCAGGAGUAAAUCAGCACUUGGCCUACCUGUACCCUGCAAAGGAGCUAGCUAACUGAAGAAGAGUAGAUGAAGCAACUGAUGCAGUCUUGAAAAUUAGUUAGAUGUUUGUUUGUUUUUUUCCGGACAUAAAGUUUCUGCAAUUGAAAUUGAGGGAUUACUAAUUAAUCCUUAGCUUGUGUAGAGAUAAAGAUGUA